GCUGGUCAGUCGGCAAGAAGAUGUGGUGCUGCAAGAUGAAGGGGCUCGGCUGUAAUGAUGAUGGCUUUGCUGUCCCCUUCGACUGCCUUGCCGGCCGCAACAACUGGAGAGAAGGCUGGUCAAAGAGCAAGAAGGAGUGGUGUUGCCGCCACACCGACAUUGGCUGCGAGCAAGAACCGGGAGACGAGCGACCAACCAGGCCGCCCUUCGCAUGCCGAGUGGGUUACUGGAACUUUCGAGAGGGCUGGUCGUCUGACAAGAAGGAAUAUUGCUGCAAAUUUGAGGGGCUUGGUUGUGAAGAUAAACCAGAUGUGGUGGUUUUCCCUUUCAACGACAAGCCGGUUGGGAAAUGUGCUGGUUUCGAGAAGGAAGUCAGCUCAUGUUUGGCAGCGUCAUGUCUUGAGACCUGUGAGCCAGUGAACUGCGAGUUCAGCGAUUGGUCGCAUUGGUCAAACCUUGGCGGCUGCUUCGGCCUUUGCCAGCGGGAGAGGAGCAUCAUACAGCGCAACAACGACUGCGGCAGGCCUUGUCAUGGACCGAGAGUGAUGACGAAAGGAGGUGGUUCCGGCUGCAUGGCUGACUCAAGGUGCCAACUGCAGGAGGAUGUGAAUUGCCACUGGGAUGACUGGUCUGAAUGGAGCGAUACCUGCUACAACCCGCUUGUAGACCAGACACAUCGCUGGCGUCGCAUUUUAGUUGAGCCCAGCUUGGGCGGCAGGCCGUGUCAAGGAGCCUUCAACGAGACCAGAGCGUGCACACAUGCGGGUCGCCAGGACUGCGAAUUCUCUGUCUGGGGAGGGUGGACAGAGUGCAGUGCAUCGUGCGAAGGUGGAACUCAGUCACGGCUGCGUAAAAUUGAAACCUUUGCCGACCAUGGAGGAACGCCUUGCAAUGGGAUGCUUCGAGAAGCACAAGCAUGCAACAUCGAGGUUUGCCCCGGCAAUGUUGCCUGCGAAGUGGGCCCUUGGCAGGAUUGGCAUGGAUGCACUGAGGCAAUGUUCCAAAGGUUUCGAAGCCGCACCCUCGAAAAGGUUCCACAAGUCACAGGAGACCAGGUGCUGUUCUGUGAGUACAGCUUGAUGGAAGCUCAAGGCUGUCCGAAAGGCAUGGAGGAGCCGAAUCUAUGUAUGCUCACAAGCUGGUCAGAUUGGGGUGCCUGCUCCAGCGAAUGCGAUGGAAGCAAGAGUCGCAAUCGAUCCAUCGUUGAGUACAUGAAGAAGACCUGUCAUGUCAGCAGUGUUGCAACCUUGGGGGAGGUUACUGAGUGCGGCAGCCGUGAAUGCCAUCACAGGCCUUGCCAAAUGAGCGAAUGGAGCGAGUGGAGUGCAUGCUCUCAUCGGUGUGGGCCUGGUGUGAUGGAUCGACAACGUGAGGUCCUUGAGGGUGGAAACUGUGAUGCGGCUUUGAAAGAACUGCGAGAGUGUCAAGUCUCCGUUUGCCAACCAGAAGAUUGUGAAUGGGGUGACUGGACCUUCUGGAGUAGCUGCACCAAGAGCUGUGGCUCCGGGGUGCAACGGCGUCAUCGUGAAGUCGCUACGGCACCUCGACAUGGCGGAAGGUCCUGUGAUCCAAAUGCAAGAGAAGAGGUUGGUUUUUGCAACAACCAGACCUGCGACUCGUGUGUAGACGGGAAGUGGGGACCUUGGAGUCCUUGGGGUCGGUGCUCUUCAACCUGCAAGCCAGCCUUUCGGGUACGACAUCGAGAUCCUCAGGAGUUCCCAAAUCACUGCGGAAUGCCUGCCUUGGGACUUGAAGAUGAAUACGAGCUUUGCGAGUAUCUUUCGGAAUGCGAUGAGAGUCAAGACUGCAUGCUCUCGUCGUGGAGUCCUUGGUCCGAUUGCAGCUGUGAAUGCUUCGGAAUCAAAGAACGCUCCAAGCGUAUUGUGCGCAAUGCCAAAGGCGACGGAAAGCAAUGUAAUGGCACGAUGAAAGAAGUAUGGCCUUGCAAUCCAGCGCUCGUGCUCCCAGUGUGCUUGUGACUUUGUAUUGGAGACCUCCCAUAAGGGACUCCCAUAGGAACUUGUCAUAGCUUGUGACACAGCAACAAAAUCUAUUGCACCU